AUGUAUUUUUCGAACUCAACAAAGUUCAAAUAUAACAUUCUACAAGCCACAAAUCUUGUUAGAGUCUAGUAUUGUAACACCCAACCAAAAUAAGGUUGAAGUGUAACUUAUAAAGGUCUUUUUAUAAGUACAUAAGUUCGGGAAGAAGAUGACUGUGGGGGAUCAUAUGACUCAGUUGGGGUCUGUGAUGGCUAGUGCUAUGUUCAUUUGGGCUAUAUUCAAGCAAUGGUUUCCAGAAGAUCUUGGUAACCACAUAGAAAAAUACUUCCAAAGACUUGUAACCUAUUUCUACCCUUAUAUCACCAUCACUUUCCAUGAAUACCAAGGUGACGAGUUCGAGCGAAGCCAGGCCUACAUGGCCAUCGAACGCUACCUCAGCACCAACUCAUCCAACUGCGCUAAACGGCUCAAGGCCAACGUGAUCAAGGACUGCAAAUCUGUUGUUCUAAGCAUGGACGACUAUGAAGAGGUCAUAGAUGAGUUCAAAGGCAUCAAGAUGUGGUGGACAUCGACCAAAAGCAUCCCUCAACAACGGGCCAUCUUUUCGUAUCAUGCGGAUGAUGAGAAGCGUUAUUAUAAGCUAACUUCGCAUCGAAAGCACCGGGAUAUUGUUGUUGGAGAUUAUGUUCAGCAUGUGCUUGAUGAAGGUAACGCCAUUGCUACAAAAACUAGACAACGUAAGCUUUAUACCAAUAGCAAAAGUGAGAAUUGGUAUGGGAACAAGAGGACCAUGUGGAGUCACAUCAUGUUCGAGCACCCGUCUACCUUUGAUACGCUUGCGAUGGAUCCGAACAAGAAGAAGGAGAUUUUGAACGAUCUGUUGACGUUCAGCAAGUCAAAAGACUACUAUAAGAAGGUGGGCAAGUCGUGGAAACGAGGAUAUCUUCUUUAUGGUCCACCAGGAACCGGGAAGUCUAGCAUGAUCGCGGCCAUGGCUAACCUUCUUGAUUACGAUAUCUAUGAUCUUGAACUAACUUCAGUGAAUGAUAACACGGAUUUGAGGAAGCUGCUCAUCGACACAUCAAGUAAGUCCAUAAUCGUGAUCGAGGACAUCGAUUGUUCACUAGAUCUCACGGGUCAGAGAAAGAAGAAAAAGGAAGAUAAGAAACCGGAUCAAAAGGACCCGAUUCGCAAAAAGGAAAAGGAUAAAAACAAAAAGAAAACUGAAGUGACUUUGUCUGGGCUUUUAAACUUCAUUGAUGGAUUAUGGUCAGCUUGUGGAAGUGAGAGAUUGAUCAUAUUCACCACGAAUCAUGUCGAAAAGCUUGAUCCGGCUCUCAUUCGAAGAGGAAGGAUGGAUAAACAUAUCGAGAUGUCGUACUGUUGUUUUCAAACGUUUAAGGUUCUUGCAAAGAACUACUUGGAUCUUGAAUCACAUGACUUGUUUGCAACCAUCGACCGGAUGUUGGGGGAGACGAAGAUGACCCCGGCUGAUGUUGCAGAAUGUUUGAUGCCAAAAUCGGCUGAAGAAGAUGCUGAGAGUUGCUUGAACGAGUUGAUCAAGUCUCUAGAAAAUGCAAAAGAAGAAGCAAGACUUAAAGUUGUGGAAAGUGAAGACAAUGGUGGUCAAAAGGUACAAGAAUGUGAUGGAUCAAGCGAUUCAGAGGACGACUAACUGUUAUUGGUGGGAGCUUUGAGUUUUUCGAUCACAACGACUAGUUUAACGAAUUUUCAUCGGUAUUAUCAUUUGAUAUUAACAUGAAAUGAUGUUUUGUUACAUGUUUAUUGUUAGUAUCUGUUGGUAACAUUGAUAUAUUGGGAUUGAGUUCAUCUUGUAAUAGAGAAUAAACGAACUAGUAUUUAUUUUCUUACCA